GCAGUUACGUAUCAAUAAUGUCAAUGAAAAGCAAAAGGCUCCCACAUUUUAAAGGUUAUAAACUGACAAAAAUUCCCAAUCUGCUUCAAAAACUUUAAAAGAUAAUUUAAAUCAGAAAUGAAAUGGAAUAUUACUAUAAAAAAGUUAGCACUGAUACAUAAUCAAUACCAAAGUUUUCUGUUAUGAAUGAGAAAUGUCAGCAACCGAAUCUUCAGCACAAACACAGGAUAUCGUCAAACCCAAAAGAAAGUCAUUUCGCAUGGCGGACGAAGCGGCGGCCGACUGUCUGUUCGAGCGGCUGCGGCAGCACCAGCAGCGCGCGCCUGAUUCCACUGAGGUGGCGCGCGCUAUCACCGCGAGGAUCAACUCGCGGCUCACGUCACACGACAAACAUGUCCGCCAAAGUACACUGGAUAAACUAUGGAACAAACAGUCGGGAGCCAUACAAAUGCUACUUGCUAUAUUGGAAAGCUCCAGAGACACAGCUACUGCCACAUAUAUAACAUCAAUAUUAAGGGAAGUUUUGUGUUUGAAACAAGGGAAAGGAAAAAAAUGUUCAGUUCCCAUUGAGACAUCGGGUAUCAAGAAGAAAGAAACGAAAAAGUCAGGCAAAGAAAAUAAAGUGCCUGCAGUUAAAAAGGCGAACAACCUCGCGAGGCAGCAGUGCUCACAGCACUUCAUAUCGAUAAACGGCACGCAGGUGGUGAUCCGCACGAUGCUAACAACGCACAGCAAAAGAGACGGCAACGUCGGCACCGAGCUGAUGCUGCAGGACCUCGUGUGGAUCCUCGCCUCGCUAGCGCCGAGAGAUCCAAAAUUCGCCAUGAAAGUGAGGAUGCUUGGAUGCGUCAGAACAAUGCAUCUCAUAUUGAAGGGACAUUUUACGGAUAAUAAACUAAUAUUUCCCUUGCUUGUUAUAAUGAAGCAGUUGGCAAAGAAUGUGGUUACUACCUCAAUUUUGAUCCGUGAUGGUGUAAUUGCAACUUACGAGCGUGUUUUGGUCAGCCUCGGAUUCAUCCCGACGGCAAGAUUGCGGCUAUGCCUGGACGCCAUUGACUAUUUCAGUAAAAAUAAGGUGUGCUGCAUGCAGAUCGUGAAGACAGGCCUCUGUAGCGUGCUCCUCAGGGUGUUCGACCGGUGGGACCGCUACGAGGGACGCAUGAGGCUCAAGAUAUGCGCACACAUCCUUCAGACUCUGCAACACCUAUGCAACAUCAAAGCCGGCCGACGAGCUUUGUGCACGAAGAAACAUGUGCAGACACUUCACAGGUUCUGCUCGCAAUGUCCAGAUGAACCAGAAUUCGAUGGACUAUUAGCAAGAGUAUGUUCUGUGAUAACGUUAUGCUUGAAACACCAAGCCCUACCAGUGCCAGUGUCCAGUCCUGCAUCAUUUAAUCUCAAUCCCAUACUAAAAGGCACAAAUGCAUCGUGGCCCUGUCAUGAAGAUGAAGAAGAUGCAGCGAAUUCAGAUUCCAAGACGGUCAACUCAGAUCUAGAUGACGACGGUCCUGAUACUGAUAUAGAAGGCAUUGAUGAAUUCCCAGACAUUGAGUUUGAUGACAAUGAUCUUAAAACCGAAAGUGUUGAAGAUACUGAAAAAACACAACACAUAAAAAGUGGUGACAGUUCACAAAGUACACUUUGGAUCAAUCCAAAUGAGAGAGAAAUAGAAGACUUAAAAAAAUAUUUUAUUUACUUUAAAGAGUUUGGUUCGUACAAUAAGCAAAUAAGGCUUGUUAAAAGUCGGUCUAACUCACGUGGUUCAAUAUUAGAAGACUUUCUGUUUUCGACGUCUACUGGUAACAGGAGCGUGCCUUCUAACUUGAACUUGUCCCUUACUGGCGUUUUAGGCAAUACUGACUAUGAAAACGUGAUGGGACCAUCUCAAUCACCCUCGUUUUUGCAGUAUCAUAAAAUACACGAGAGUACCUCUUCAACUUCGAAUUCAUCUCUAAAAAUUCAUAAAGACAUUUCUAAAUAUAGCACUUUCGCAAAUGUUUACUGCACGAUAUCGACCAGAGUGCGAAGUGUAAUACCGUUUGUGAAAGUGGCGUACCCUGAUAUGAUGGGGGGCCAGGGCUUUAACCAGCCCGAGCCCUUGAACAAGAUGGAGCGAAGUGCGUGCAGAAUGAAAUUGCUGUCAUGUGUUGACAGGGCGAUAAACCCUGAAGCAUACAUGAACGAGACAGUUUAUGAUUUAGAUCAACUAUGUCAGUCCGCUGUGACCCCAGAUCCGAAUGCUCAAAAAAGUUUCAGUGCGGAAAACAUAUGCCUAAGCAACACCGAUGAGCAAGAGAUCACUAAAGUCAACAGUUUCUCGUCCAGAUUAAGUUUUGAAUCGAGAUUCGAAUCAGGAAACCUGAGGAAAGUCAUUCAGGUAGGUCCGAGAGAGUACGAGCUGAUUCUCAUGCCGGACGUGAACUCGACGAAGCGUCAUCAGUGGUUUUACUUCGAGGUCCGUAACAUGCAACAGGGCCGUCCCUACGUCUUCAACAUUGUCAACUGUGAGAAGUCUGACAGCCAGUUCAACUUUGGCAUGAAGCCUGUUAUUUAUUCAGUGAAAGAAGCUGUUAUGGGACGACCAGGUUGGAUGAGGGCUGGUUCGGACAUCUGUUACUACCGCAACAGCUAUCACUACGCGAACCAGAAGAACCACAACAAGUGCUACCUGACUGUGACUUUCAACAUCGAGUUUCCGCACACCAACGACGUCGUCUACAUAGCCUACCACUUCCCAUUCACUUAUUCUAUGAUGAUGACCCGCAUAUGGCAGUGGAGUUUGCAGAUGCCCACAGGAUCGUAUCUCCGCGCGGAGCCUCUCUGCUAUUCCCUCAACAACAACGAGGUCCCGUUGCUUACGGUGUCCGCCGAAGACACGCCUUCCAAUCCCAUAGUGGAUCGUGAGAUCGUGUUCCUGACGGCCCGCGUGCACCCCGGCGAGAGCAACGCGUCCUGGGUCAUGGACGGGACGCUGGGCUGUCUGCUCGGCGGGUCCAUAGCCGCGGCCGCGCUCAGGGCUAAAUACGUCUUCAAGAUCGUUCCUAUGCUGAACGUGGAGGGCGUCAUCAAUGGCUGGUGAGUACUUGUCUAUUGUGAUUUGUGUGGGUUUUGAAUGGAAUCGGAUUGGUUGCUGUAAUUUGUAUUGGCAUUGAGAACGCUACGUUAUUGGCUAGCCGUUCUUGAUGAGUGUAUAACAGAUUUUUUGUUUUCAUG